AUGCGUUGUGCCCCAGUGUCACCUCAGCACCGCGCCUCUGCAAGGACGGGGAAGGGAGCACGUGGAGACAAGGGAGCUGAGUCAGCGCAUGAGGAAAGAGAAAGGGACAAUGAAUCGGCCAGGGCAGAGAAUAUCCGUGGCAUUGCUUCAAAGGAAAACAAGGCGGUGAGAGCAGGUGGGAGAGGGUGGCAGGGCCGACCAGGGUGCAGCAGUCGUUCGCCAGCCUCAGGUGCAGAAGUUGUUCGCCAGCCUCAGGUGCAGCAGUCGUUCGCCAGCCUCAGGUGCAGCAGUCGUUCGCCAGCCUCAGGUGCAGCAGUCGUUCGCCAGCCUCAGGUGCAGCAGUCGUUCGCCAGCCUCAGGUGCAGCAGUCGUUCGCCAGCCUCAGGUGCAGCAGUCGUUCGCCAGCCUCAGGUGCAGCAGUCGUUCGCCAGCCUCAGGUGCAGCAGUCGUUCGCCAGCCUCAGGUGCAGCAGUCGUUCGCCAGCCUCAGGUGCAGCAGUCGUUCGCCAGCCUCAGGUGCAGCAGUCGUUCGCCAGCCUCAGGUGCAGCAGUCGUUCGCCAGCCUCAGGUGCAGCAGUCGUUCGCCAGCCUCAGGUGCAGCAGUCGUUCGCCAGCCUCAGGUGCAGCAGUCGUUCGCCAGCCUCAGGUGCAGCAGUCGUUCGCCAGCUCCCUUGAGAGGCGAGCAGUGGUCAGCAGGGCAGCAGCAGUGCUGCCUGCCGCUCUCCAGUCGCCGCUCGCCUCCUCGCGGCAUCGCUCAGCGUCGCCUCCUCGCCAGCAGCGUUGCCUCGCCAUGCAGCAGCAGGCCUGCACAGUGGUGAGCAGCAUCGCCUCAGUGGUGAGCAGCAUCGCCUCAGUGGUGAGCAGCAUCGCCUCAGUGGUGAGCAGCAUCGCCUCAGUGGUGAGCAGCAUCGCCUCAGUGGUGAGCAGCAUCGCCUCAGUGGUGAGCAGCAUCGCCUCAGUGGUGAGCAGCAUCGCCUCAGUGGUGAGCAGCAUCGCCUCAGUGGUGAGCAGCAUCGCCUCAGUGGUGAGCAGCAUCGCCUCAGUGGUGAGCAGCAUCGUCUCAGUGGUGAGCAGCAUCGCCUCAGUGGUGAGCAGCAUCGCCUCAGUGGUGAGCAGCAUCGCCUCAGUGGUGAGCAGCAUCGCCUCAGUGGUGAGCAGCAUCGCCUCAGUGGUGAGCAGCAUCGCCUCAGUGGUGAGCAGCAUCGCCUCAGUGGUGAGAAGCAUCGCCUCAGUGGUGAGCAGCAUCGUCUCAGUGGUGAGCAGCAUCGCCUCAGUGGUGAGCAGCAUCGCCUCAGUGGUGAGCAGCAUCGCCUCAGUGGUGAGCAGCAUCGCCUCAGUGGGUCAGGUGCAGCAGGUGCAGCAGUCGUUUCCUCAGCCUCAGGCUCAGGUGCAGCAGGUGCAGCAGUCCUUUCCACAGCGUCAGGCUCAGGUGCAGCAGUCGUUUCCACAGCCUCAGGCUCAGGUGCAGCAGGUGCAGCAGUCGUUUCACAGCCUCAGGGAGCACGGUGCACUCAAGGGAGCUGACGAGCGGCAAACUGCGCCCGCAUCCUCUGCUUGCACGCCUACAGGCCGGCACACGCCAUACGUGGGGGGCAGCAGCGACGCGGAAGCAGCGACGGGCGAGGCAGCAAGGGGGAAGCAGCGACGGGCGAGGCAGCAAGGGCGAGGCAGCGAGGGCGAGGCAGCGACGGGCGGCACUGCAGCCACGUGCAGACCCUACGUUGCUUGCUUUCAGAGCAAGGGCAGCGUUGUCUCACCUGCUCGCCUCUCAGGGAGCACGGUGCAGAGCCAGCAGAGGGCCGCAGUGGGACGACGCACGGCAGGCAGCCCUGCUGACCACUGCUCGCCUCUCAGGAAGCUCGGUGCAAGGCAUCUCGGCAAGGAGCAAGGAGCGAGUGCAGUCUCACCUGUUGCUGGGAGCACUGCCGUGCCGAGUGUCUCACCUGCUGCUAAGGCAAGGAAAAAGACGCUGAGUGUCUCAAGCGCUGCUGCACUGCACCUGUGGGAUGGCCUCCCUCUCCCACCUGCGACCCAGCUUAUGGCACAACGCAUGGGCGUGGGGAGGCCAGGAGCUGCAGAGGAGGUGCAGAGGAGAGGAGGUGCAGAGGAGAGGAGGUGCAGAGGAGAGGACGUGCAGAGGAGAGGAGGUGCAGAGGAGAGGAGGUGCAGAGGAGAGGAGGUGCAGAGGAGAGGAGGUGCAGAGGAGAGGAGGUGCAGAGGAGAGGAGGUGCAGAGGAGAGGAGGUGCAGAGGAGAGGAGGUGCAGAGGAGAGGAGGUGCCAGAAUCACUGACUGGCGGGGCUCCUCUGCCAUUCACCUUGUAA